AUGCUGGAAAAUUUGGUGUUGGCGGUUUCCAACAAAGUCGGGGCGCUGAUGUGGAUAGCAAAGGUGCAGAGCGUGGUCGGCGAGGCAUUCGCCACCUCGAGGCUGGGCAUGAAGGCCAUGGGGCUGGGCCUCAUUCAUCUGGAGGACAUGCAAACGCGCUGCAAGCUGGUGGCUGUCGUGCACAUUUGGAAGAUCGGAGGCCUGUGCGGGGCGCCCGGGCACACGACUGCCUCCACAUGGUGGCUCGUCAAACUCAACAAGGGCGCAGACAACGCUAACCGCCCUGGGACUAUCAGGCUUGGAGGAAUGCUGUGGUCGAAGGCGCCAAACUGGCUGGAGCGGUUGCUCAACUUUCCUUACUUGCUCCCCGCCGCCUUUGCCUUUAUGGGCUACUCCAUGAUCAUCUGGCCCUACUUCUGGGUGAUGAUGCUUCUGUUGACGGGCGUGGUUGGGGGAGCGACGCUGCUGAAGGCGAGCAACGAUAAGGCAGCGAUUGUCAGAUGGACUUUUAUGAUGACCUUUUAUUUCAGCACGCUGUUGCUCGUCAUGUUUUACGACCUUCUGACCGUGGCCGCUGGGUGGGUUUACGAGGGGGUGCCGUAUUGGGAGGCGGUGGACAGGGCGUAUGAGUCGGGAGACACAGAGUGCGUCUUGCUUCCAUCGCAAAGUUCAUGGCGCCAGAUUGAGGUACCCCGAUAG